AUGGUUCGGAAGGCGAACGGCAGUAUUCGGAUUUGCGGUGAUUAUUUCACGGGCUUGAACGACGCUCCCCAACCGCACCAAUACCCGUUACCGUUGCCGGAAGACAUCUUCAUCAAGCUCACCAACUGGAAGGUAUUCAGCAUCAUCGACAUGUCAAAAUUGUACCUGCAGCUUGAAGUCGACGAAUCAUCGAGCAAGCUCCUCGCGAUCAUCACCCUCUGGGGCAUCUACAAAGUCAACCGACUGGCCCCUGGGGUGAAAGCCGCGCCGGGAGCGUUCCAACUACUCGUUGACACCAUGUUGACGGGUCUUAAGCACACUUGCGGUUACAUCGAUUACAUCGUAGCCGGCGGAGAAGAUGAAGAACAUCAUUGGCGGAACCUGAACGCACUUUUCCAGCGGCUGCAAGAGAUCGGGUUCACAGUCCGAUUCGAAAAGUGCUCUUUCGGACGUCAGCAGAUUCAAUAUGUUGGACACUUACUCGACCACCAUGGAGUUCGUCCCGAUCCAGCCAAGAUCGAAGCCAUCAAGCUCAUGCCGGAACCCACGGACGUGUCGGGAGUUCGGUUGUUUCUCGGAGCCGUAAACUUCUACGAGAAAUUCGUACCAAAUAUGCGAGCUCUGUGCUACCCACUGGACAAACUGCUGAAGACGGAGUCAAAUUCUCUUGGACAGCGGAUUUCGAUGCGUCCUCAAUCGGUCUGGGAGCGAACAUCAGUCACCGUUUUCCCGAUGGUACAAUCAAAGUCUUCCAAUAUGCGUCGAGAGCCUUGGCACCAGCCGAGCGUAACUACAGCCAAACGGAUUGAAGUCCACCGCAUGAUAUUCGGACGCAAGAUCCUCCUCCAAACCGACCAUCAACCACUACUUCGAAUCUUCGGGAGCAAGAAGGGCAUCCCAGUGUAUACUGCCAACCGUCUGCAACGCUGGGCCCUGACGCUGUUGAUGUACGACUUCGUCAUGCAGUACGUGGCCACGGACAAAUUUGUACAACAAAGCACCAAGACGGACGCGGUGCUCAAGAAGGUCUACUGGUACUUCCAGGAAGGCUGGCCAAAUUUCCUGGCCAGCGACGCAGAUUGA